AUGGUUCCUCCUAACUAUCAUGAAUUCUCCCUAAAUGAUAUUUCUUUGAUGUAUAGUUAUCGACCCGAGGAUGAGGUAACAGUGCCUGUUAAUGUGUUGAUAGGUCUUGGUGUAGGGUUGCCAGUGAUCCAGUUCAUAGCAUUUUCUCUAUAUAGAGGAAAUGUAUCUACAACCAGGAAAUUGUGGGAUAUCCAUGCGGGAUUACUAUCAUUAACAGGAGCCAUGAGUAGUCAACUAAUGGUCACUUGUAUAUUAAAGAACAUAUGUGGACUUCCUCGACCUGACUUGAUUUCUAGAUGCCAGCCCGAUGAUCAAAUAGCACCAAUUUACGAAUUAAGUAAUAUCGCUAUUUGUAAUGGUAAUCAGCAGUUUAUUGAUGAAGGAUUCAGAUCUUUUCCUUCAGGUCACCUGUCAACGAUUUUCUGUGGAAUGGUGAUAACCUCAUUGAACAUAUCAGGGAAAUUGCAAGUUUUCGACAAAAGAGGUAUAUCGUUGAAAGUUUUAAUAUCGAUUGUACCGUUGAUGAUAGCUUGUUUUAUAGCCUGUACACGAAUAAGUGAUAACAGACAUUUCUUAAGAGAUGUUAUUGGGGGAUCUAUUAUUGGGAUAUAUAUUGGAUCAUGGUUCUAUUUACAAUACUUCCCGAGUGUUUUGGAUCUUGAAAAUGGAGGAAGAGCAUAUCCACCUCGAAGAUUAGGGGUAUCUAAAUAUCUAAGGGAGGUUGGUGGAUUCUGGAAAUUCAAGGAUGAAACUGGGUCCUUCAAUGAACGAAAUUUGAAUUGUGAAGAAGUUUGGCGAAAAUUAGAUAAUCCAGUUCCAUUAAUUGAAUUUUUAGAUCUCGAUACCAACAUAAAGAUAUUCAACGAUUUAGUGUAA